AAACAUGUUUCUUAAACCUGCAUAUUUUUAAAACUAGGUCACUGUAACCGAGAAAGGCAAUCUCACUAUUCAUCCCCACAUUACAAUACAGUUCGAUCCUGGAGCGUCAGUUCAGGUCCAUGGGGUACUACAGGUCGUCGGGCAAAGCAGCCGGGAGAUUAACCUUGUGGGGGCUUCGGGAACUGAUUCUUGCGGAAUACACCUACAUCCAGGGAGUACACUUUUGGCAACAUAUACAAAUAUACACCGUUGUCAACUAACCAUCGAUCAAUAUCAAACUGCACUAGUUUUACGACAUGUCGCAAUCACAGAAUCUCCCGGCAUCGGAUUGAGCAUACUACGCAUGCGUCACCACAUCAAUAUCACCGAUUCGAACUUCGUCAACAACACCCUUAGUGGAAUCCACAUUGAAACAUACACUGGCCAAGUAAACAUAGAGCGUGUGGAGGCAUCCGACAAUGGCGAUACUGGCACCACCUAUAUUCGACUACCAGAGCCAUCUCCUCAAAGAAAAAUGAUGUUUUGUACACCAGGAGUGGAGACUACAGAAUUGUCUGCAGGAGAAGCAGUAGAAGUGAUGAUAGAUACACCUCAAACUGACAUGAGAAGUGGAUGUAUUCAAAGUUUUAAAACUGGCAAAGGCUGGAACAUUCUUGCAUCUUUCAAAAACUUAACGGCCGUUUGGUCAGGGUCAACUAGUACCAGGGAUAGAUUACAAAUAAGAGAUGGGAACGCUACAGGAACUUUGUUAAGAGAAGUAUAUCUCUCCAGAAGUCAGAAAACGUACACUCCUGAUGUCCUCAGCACACUUGAUGAAUUGUGGUUUCGACUCGAUUGUGGUCUCCGUAGACUACAAGUGACACUUUUAAUCCAGUCAACCAAAAGUAACGAAGAUGUCAUGCAACAAGACAUUACGAUCCAGUCAUCCAGCUUUAGAGAUAACGGUCAUGGUGGAGUUUUCAUCGUUGAACCAAGAAGACACGUUGCAAUUGAGAACGUGGUACUCUCUGGCAAUUGUAACGAUCGAAGGUCACAUGCAAUUCAUCAAAACAACUGUUCAUCUAUUAUUGGUGGAGCUUCGAGCAUAUCUGUUAUGCACAGUACAUUUGACAACGAUACAUUAAAAAUAACCCCAGAUGGCCGUGACGUGA